CAGCCAUCUGUUGCAACAGAGGCUGGGCUCCCUCUCGGGGCUGCCCCUCCCUCACUUCCUGCUCUGGACUUCAACAAGGCCCAGUCCCCCUCUGCUCUCCACCCGGGCCUCCAAGGAGCGUCCCCGGCUGCAGGUCAGGGGAGUGGCUGUCCUCAUAGAUCAGGAGACCUGCUGGACUUGGGGCUGGGCCAGUUCUAUUUGCCCAGAGCCCUUUACCUACAAGGAAAUUUAGUGGAUCUGGAGCUGGGCCAAGAUUGUAACUCUCCACAGUGCUGGGGGGAUGCUGGGCCUAUAAAGGUAAGAGUGACUGAGGGGUGGGGGAGAAGCUCAGCAGCCUGGUCCUGUCCACUCUAGGCCAGUGCAUCCUGCUCCCCCGGCUCAGAGACCUUCUCUCGGAAGCCUCGAAGAAACCAGCGGUGUCCAAGGAGCUGCUAUGGCUUUGUCCCCCACCAGGGCAUGUGUCAUCACCACCUGCAUCCUCACCACCUUCCUUUUCAGCACCGUGGAGAGUUACAAGUGCACAGAAUGCUCUCCACUGCAGUGCACUUCCGGCUUGCAGGCAACAUGUGAAGCCACUCAAGGCUGCUUCCACUACAAGCAAGAAUUUAAUGAAUCAGGGAAAGUCCAGCAGUCCUCCCAGGAAAAAGGCUGUUCUUCCAACACCUGCACCCCACUGGCCUUCUCAGCAACUCUGGGGAAUGAGCGGACAUUCGGGUAUGACCUCCAGUGCUGUAGCAGCGAGCUUUGCAACCAAAAGGACGUGUUCGUGUCUCAGAAGUCACCAGACCCCAACGGUGUCAAAUGCCCUGCCUGCUACAGCGAGGAAAGCGUCUUCUGUGGCACCACUGACCUGCCCUGCACAGGGCGGGAGACAAAGUGCGUGGAGGUUGUCGCCACAGCGUUUGACGGCUUAGCCAUGUACGGUAUGGGCUGUGCCACUGAGAAUGCUUGCAACUUGAAGGGUCAACAAGUGUUGUCUGGCAUAAAGAUCUGGACCCGCUGCAUAGACCCCAGCAGUGGGGGCCCUGCCCUGCUGUCUGCCACCUCAUCGAUGCUGUCCAGCCUCUUCCUGCUCAAAGUCUUCCUGUGAGCUCUCAGGCACUGCCAAGCCCAUGAUCCUACAAACCUGAAGAUGCUGGCGUCCUCAGAUGUCUCCCUUCCCCGACGUCUACCCCUCCGGGCAGAAUUAAAGAGCCGGUACUUCUGUGCA